AAACUUGCAUCAUUUCCAAAUUCAAACUUACACAUACACCAAAUUAACAAACAACCCUUUUAGUUUCAUCAUAAACACACAACACUUGAUCAUCAAGCUAAGCUAGAGAUCAGAGAUAUGAAUAUGAAUUGGUCAGGAGGAGAUUGGAUGUGUGGUGUUUGUGAACAUGUAAACUUCAAGAAAAGAGAAGCCUGUCAAAGAUGUGGAUAUCCAAAAUAUGGAGGCCCUGACCCAACAACAUAUGAUCAAUACAAUAUCAUUCAUUCUAAAAGCACAGAUGAAGUGUUGGCUGGUGAUUGGUAUUGCAAUUGUGGAGCUCAUAACUAUGCUAGUAGAUCAUCUUGUUAUAAAUGUAAUAGUAAUGCUUAUAAAAGUCUUGAUAUCGGUGCUUUGCCUGGUUGGAAAUCUGGCGAUUGGAUCUGCUCUAGAAUAGGAUGUGAAACCCACAAUUAUGCCAGUAGAAUGGAAUGUUACAAAUGCAAAGCUCCAAGGCAUUUUGGAGGAGCUGUUUGAAAGUUAUGGAAAGCUGACUUAGGAAGAACUAUUUUGGUGAUGCUAAAUAUUUGGCCAACUUACAAGCUUCCAGCAUCUGAUGCUCUCUCCAAUUUGCUUCUUUCUGUUUUGCCCUUUUUUCAAGAGAUUGGGACUUAAUGCAUGAAAAGCUCAACAAUUCCCAUUCUUAAAUUAAUCUCACAUUUCACUAAUUAAUUAGAAUUAUUAUUCAAUUUUCGUCGAUAUCACUCAA